AUGAAGCCAAAAGCGUCUUUGAUGAAACGUGGAGUCCUUUUAUCCUUUUUCAUGUUUGGUUUAUUUUAUUCAUCUAACACAUCGUUUGAACAUAUCAGUCUUGAGGAACAUGUCAAGGCGAGCCCUGAUCAUGAUGCCAGAGAGAGAUUUUGUAAAGUGACUCCUUAUUCUAAAUCGAGACUAUAUAAGAUUCCUAAUGUUCAGAAGUCUAUUUCCCGCUGGAAAGUAAAAAGGGCAUACUCCGGAGAAGAGUCUAAGGUUCCAUUCCGAAAAAGAAAUUCUCUUAAAAUAUGUAGUGCGAAUAGUACAGAUUAUAGUAUGUCAAAACUUCGGGAGUCAAUGCAUGCUCACUCACGACAAAUACUAAAGCAACUGUCAUAUAAUGAGAAAGUCGAAGUUUCUCCAGUUGCAACGCCUGGAACGAGCCUUCUUGUGCAAAGCUCGAAUUUCUGUGCAAAACCAAUAAGUUUUGCUUUUGCGAUCUCUAGUCAGGAAGGCUCUGGUAAAAUACGAGGCUUCAUGAUAGCUGAUGAACUAAAUAAGUUAGGACAUACAGCAGUUACUGUUUUUGGGAAAGAAGGACCCCUCUGGCCCGAUCCACUCAAGGAACUGAGAACUUGCAGCACAUUACACCUAUGUAUUUUUGUGAAAUGGGACUCGCGCUCGUUUCCUCGCAUAUUACUCGAGUGCAAAAAGCGUGGUGCCCUUGCAUUCAUCGAUCUCCUCGACUACUGUGAUAGUAAUAGAAAAAAUAUUGUUGACCAAUGGCCCAAAGAAAUUGACGGCUUCAUUCUCCAAAGCAAAUUUCAGUUUCAGGUAUUUCAAUCCGUGGGUUUUUCAAACUCUGUAGUUAUAAGACAUCACCAUACAAAUAUUAAAUCUGAAAAACUUGCUUUAAGGAGCGAAAACCACGCAGUGAAGACUAUUGGUUUCACAGGUUCAAGAAAAAAUUCAGGAGGAAUCAUUCAGAAUUUCUUGGGUGAUAUUGAGAUUUGGGCUUCUAAGCGCAAUAUAAAAAUAGUUCAGAUUGUUUCAAAUAGAAUAAUAGCUGGAAAGACGAAGAUUUCAGAUAUCUAUGACCAAAACAAAUAUCAUACUGGUGUGAUUGAAUCUGUUGAUGUCGCCAUUGUUUGGCCCAAAGAUUUUUCUAACAGUGAAAUAUACUUCAAGCCGAUAACACGAUUCAUCCACUGGUUAUCGCAUGGUAUUCCUACAAUUGUAUAUCCAACUCAGUCUUACAUAGAAAUUGCUGAAGAGUUUGGGUAUCCCUUACUAGCAAAAAAUACUACGGAGGUUCUCGAGUGGCUUGAAGUCCUUGUAUCUAAUAAAUCUUUCAGAUCUCAAAUCAGUCACUUGGGUUUAGUCAUGGCUGAAAAAUUUUCCCUCAAAAACACAGUCCAACAAUAUUCCAAUGCUUUUUGUGGAAUGCAUGAUUGA